AUGUCGAAUGCCAAGAAAGAGAAAGGCAAAAACGAAGCCGACCUAGUGGACAAACUAAACUACAAAAACUUAAGCGAUGUAACGCUUCACGAGCUGACGUGUCUUAAGCCAAAUCGACAAGUGUACUUAAAAAGAGGAGGCACCUUUUUCUUGAGUUCCCGGGAAGAAGCCCUUUCCGUGCUGAAGGAGAAGAGUCAAAACAGGGAGAAGUACCGAAAUCCAGACAGGAGUUACCCACCCCGCAAGAAGAGAAGUAUAAAAAAUGAGAGGAAGGAAUUCCCUGGACUAAAGAGCUACACAGGAGGGGGAGGGAAAACUACCAAGCGGGAGAAGCUGGGCAUAGAAGCAUUGCAUCGUUUGUGUGGAAAGGGACCAGUGGGAGGACAUACCGUCCGGGGAGGACAGAAGGGAACCAACAAGGUCACAUUUUUGCAUGCACUAAAGGGGAGGUGUUCAAAGAUGAUACGGAUAAGUACCCCCUGCAGAAAGAACCCUACGCAGAAGCAAUACCGCCACUGUAGCAUAGUUGGGCAAGUGAGGAGCAGCCCGUCCUCCUCGGACCUCCACCAGGUGGACCCCUGCUUUGACUACCCCGGAUUUAGUUUCACCGUCCUGGAAGAAUCACAACAGGAGGGUAACCAUAGUAGAAUUGGCAUUAUAAAAACACCAAGGGGGGAAAUAGAAACUCCGAACUUUCUCUUUUGUGCCACAAAAGGAUGCAUGAAGUCGACGCCGAUAAACUUUGUAAAGGAUUGUAAAACCCAAAUUAUUUUGUCUAACACUUUCCACCUGUUGAUUCAUCCCAAGCCCCACGUGAUUUUCCAGUUGGGUGGGUUGCACAAGUUCAUGAACUGGCAGGGCCCCGUCCUCACGGACUCGGGGGGCUACCAGCUGUUCAGCAUGGCAUUUGGAUCCGUUUCGGACGAGAUAAAGAGGAAGUCUAGGAGGAGCACUGGAAGAACAGGUAGAAGUGGAAGAACAGGUGGCGCGGGUGCCGCUGGUUGCACCGCUACCCCUGUCGCUGCCAGCGGUAGCAAGAUGGCCACCUCGUCAACCCCGCAGCCCCGUCGCGGAGACAUAAUCGUGAAAAUCAGAGAACAGGGCGCUCUGUACAAGUCGUACCACGACGGGUCUCUGGACAUGCUGACACCGGAAAACUCCAUUCAAGCACAGUACCUCCUGGGGAGCGAUUUCGCAGUGGUGCUAGACGAAUGCACCCCGUAUCACAUAGAGAGGGAAUAUACGGAGCGGUCCAUGCACAGGUCACAUAGGUGGUACAUUAGGUGCCUUCUAGAAUUUCAAAAAGCUAUGAGCAUGCCAAAUUACCAUUCUUACCUGAACGAGUUGCACAACAAGAAGUACGGAGUGAAAGAUAAAUGGAGAGAAAGGGAAGCCAAUAGACAGGCUCUCUAUGGAAUAAUCCAAGGAGGAAUAUACACGGACUUGAGAAUGAAAAGCUGCCAGGUGGUUUGCAAUUUGCCUUUUUUUGGCCUCUGCAUUGGGGGGUGCCUAGGGAAGGACAAGCAGAUGAUGUAUAGUGUCAUCGAGAAGACUAUGUGGUUUGUCAGGGAGGAAGGCUCCGCGGGGAAAGCCAACCGAAUUGGUAGCACUCUUGUUGGCAGCUCUAAACCGGUGCACCUCUUGGGGAUUGGCCAAAUUAAGGACAUAUUUUUCGGAGUGCGACAGGGGAUUGACACGUUCGAUUGCGUCAUUCCCACGAGGCUGGCAAGGCAUGGAUAUUACCUAUGCACAGUUAAAACGAUUAAGGACGUGGAAGAGAAAUUGCAUAAAUGUAUUAAGAAUGAGUAUAUAAAAAUAAAAUCAAGGAUUCACGAAAUGGAUCCUAAUCCUCUCGAGGAAGACUGCCCCUGCUACACGUGUGCGAAUUAUUCCAGGGCGUAUUUGAACCACCUGUACAAAAUUAAUGAUAAUUUGUUGGGAACUCUGCUGACCAUACAUAAUGUGUGCUACAUGAACCGGCUCAUGGAGGAUAUCCGCGAGGGGAUCAGGCGUGGCCGCUUGGAUGAGGUUGAGGGGAGAUGGGUUCGGUGA